UCCCCUAAUGCAGAACCGAGCAACGCGAGCUCUUCCUGCGGUCUGACAGCGCAUUGUGUGUCUUCACUAUUCACUUUAUUCUUUAAUACUUGCAUUGAGCCAUUAAAACAACAUUUACUACUUUACCUUCCUCUGGGCGGACUGAAGGUCUCAGCGGGCUUCUCUACAAUGGGCAACAGGGACGAUGAAUACGAUUUCUUGUUCAAAGUUGUUCUGAUUGGAGAUUCAGGUGUCGGAAAGAGUAACCUUCUGUCGCGCUUUACAAGGAACGAGUUUAACCUGGAGAGCAAAAGCACGAUAGGUGUGGAGUUUGCCACACGCAGCAUCCAGGUGGAUGGCAAGACGAUAAAAGCACAGAUCUGGGACACGGCGGGACAGGAGCGAUACAGGGCCAUCACGUCUGCGUAUUACCGUGGCGCUGUGGGCGCGCUACUGGUGUAUGACAUCGCCAAACAUCUGACCUAUGAGAACGUGGAACGCUGGUUGAAGGAGCUCCGAGAUCAUGCCGACAAUAACAUCGUCAUCAUGCUGGUGGGGAAUAAAAGCGACCUGCGGCACCUGAGGGCAGUGCCCACCGAUGAGGCACGUGCCUUUGCAGAGAAAAAUAAUCUUUCAUUUAUUGAGACGUCCGCUCUGGAUUCAACCAACGUGGAGGAGGCGUUCAAGAAUAUUCUAACAGAAAUUUAUCGCAUCGUAUCACAGAAGCAGAUUGCUGACCGGUCAGCCCACGACGAAUCGCCGGGAAACAACGUGGUCGACAUCAGUGUACCACCCACCACAGACGGGCAGAAAGGGAACAAACUACAAUGCUGCCAAAACCUGUAACCGUGACAACCAGCUGUCACAGACCCCCACCCCCCCACCUGUCACUCAUCUCUGAUGCCCUCUUCAUGUUGUGCCGCUAAUAUUCUCAGUUUUAUUUGUGUAAUAUAUUUUCUUUUUGAUAGCUUGUCAACUCACAUUCACACAUAUGAAGUAAAAUUUUACAGUAUGGGGCUGCGCUAUGGUUUAUUGGAUUCGAGAGUGGUUUAAACAUACAGUAAGCCUCAGUUUUAACAGUGUCGACGGACGAAAAUAUCUCACCAUCACAGAGGAACAUGGACAAAAAGAUUCAAAAGCAUUUUGAACCUAGAUAUUCUCUGUUAUUGCAUUUUAAUGUUUCAAAAUGCUAAUUUUCAUCCUUGAACAAUAAAGCAAAGUGGUGUAAUCAAUAGUACAUGAUAUUUACAUAUUUCACCCAAACAUUAAAAAAAAUUAAAUAAGAAAAUAUAUUUGGCUUAAAGAAAAUAAGGCCUAUUUUUAGGACCAUCGCAACUGUUUGCAUUGUGACAUUAUUUUCAUGACAAUUAAGCACAUUUUCCCAACAAAUUCCUAUUACUGCAAUGCAACAAAUAAUACUGUAUAUUAUUUAAAUGCAUAUGUUUUCAUACAUAAUGGUAGCAUUUUUUUAUAAGAAUUUAAUGAUAAUCACCUUUGGGAAUAUUAUAUGAAUUUUUAAAUAUUUUAUGACUAAUAGAUUACUCAUGUUUGAUUUUUUAUUUGAUUUUUUUAUUUUUUUUAUUUCAGACUUUAAUAAAAUAUGCAACUGUUUGUAAAUGAGGAAAAUAACUCUAUGUCUUGAUUAUUCUGUAUGAAAAAAAAAAAACCUAACAAAAAAGAUCCAUGGCAUACCACUAUUUUUGGGACAUGAUACCAUUUCAAUACUAAAUCUUUGAAUUAUCUUUGAGAACGCAUUAUAAUUAUAAUAAUAAUAAUGAGAUUAUUUGCAUUAUGGUAUUCAGAAUUUAGGGUGAAAUGUGCUUAAUUGUCCUGAAAAUUCAAAAAAUAUAAAUGCCACAAAAAAUCUGCUUCAUUUUCCUUAUGCAAUAUUUAUCCUCUUACUUUUGCUGUUAAUUUUGAGGUGAAAUAAGACGGUGAAAAUAUUUUUUAACAUCUUCCUUGAGCAAAAGUAAUCAAAUCAAGUUACAAUGCAGACAAUACUUGUUCUGAGCACUUAAAUGUGAUAAAGCUGCUAGUGCAGUGUUGAGUCUCAUAUACUGCAUUACUUAUUUCAUUCUUUUUUGCAUAGAACGCUAUGGGGGGUAAAAGUGAUGUCAUAUAAAAUAGACAGGAAUACCUGCCCCCCUCCAAACACAUAUUGUUUUCAUUAUUGUUUCAUGGCUGGAUUGUAGAGGUAUAUAAAAUAACGAAUACACUUAUGUGGAACAAUUGCAUAAGACUAACAGAUAUAACAAACAGCUAAAUAGCAGAAGCCAUCAUGUUUUGUUAUUAGAAUCAUAUGCAGAGCUCAUCUCACCAGAAACAGCUAUUUAUUUUUUAUAUGCAUAGUUCUUUUCAAAAAAAUGUGGAUA